ACUGUGGACCAACCAAAGGUCGUUCUCUUCUGAGCUCGCCUCCUGCAUCCAUCUAGCUCUAGCCUAAUUCCUCUCCUCUCUCCUCCCUGUCUAUUCCCCUACCCUACCAUACCCAUGUCUGGCUUGCUGGCAGACAGACUGACGCGCUACUGUGUACCAGGCCCUGUUAGAACCCAUUCACCAAUAGCCCUGACUGGGGUGGUCUAGCUCUGUGUCUCUUUCUAUUGCUCGGGGCGGAUACUCCCUGCAUGGAUACACCGAGGGAGGCUGUUAGCUGAUAUCGACGGGAGGAAAACAUAUCAAGGAGGAACCCACUGCUGUCGUCGAAUUCGAGGUGGUUAGGUGUUAAGCAUCUACCUGGUGACAAGCCCCUCCUGACUGAGCCCCUCUAUAGUCGCGGGCGCAUCCCCCCACUGACAGGCAUCAUGGCGGGAGCUUCAGUGAAGGUGGCCGUACGGGUCCGUCCCUUCAACUCUCGAGAGAUCGGGAAGGACAGCAAGUGCAUCAUCCAGAUGUCAGGGAACACCACAACAAUCAUAAACCCCAAACAGCCGAAGGAGAACAAGAGCUAUAACUUCGACUACUCUUACUGGUCACACACAACACCGGAGGACAUCAACUAUCAUUCCCAGAAGCAGGUGUACAAGGACAUUGGGGAGGAGAUGUUGCUGCAUGCCUUUGAGGGAUACAAUGUUUGUAUCUUUGCCUAUGGCCAGACUGGAUCUGGGAAGAGCUACACCAUGAUGGGCAAGCAGGACCAGAAGGAUCAGCAAGGCAUCAUCCCUCUGCUGUGUGAGGACCUCUUCACCAAGAUAAGUGACAGCAAUAAGGAAAACAGCUUGUCCUACUCCGUGGAGGUGAGCUACAUGGAGAUCUACUGUGAGCGUGUGCGUGACCUACUGAACCCGAAGAACAAGGGGAAUCUGCGUGUGAGAGAGCACCCCCUGAUGGGGCCCUACGUGGAGGACCUGUCCAAACUGGCCGUUACCUCCUACAAUGACAUCCAGGACCUCAUGGAGUCUGGCAACAAGGCCAGGACGGUGGCAGCCACCAACAUGAACGAGACCAGCAGCCGCUCUCAUGCUGUCUUCAACAUCAUCUUCACGCAGAAGAAACACGACAUGGAUUCAGAAAACACAUCUGAGAAGGUGAGCAAGAUCAGCCUGGUGGAUCUGGCUGGGAGUGAGAGAGCAGAUUCUACAGGAGCCAAAGGAACCAGGCUGAAGGAAGGAGCAAAUAUCAAUAAAUCUUUGACCACACUGGGGAAAGUCAUCUCUGCAUUAGCUGAAGUGGACUCAGCACCAAAUAAGAACAAGAAGAAGAAGAAGGUGGAGAGCCACAUCCCCUAUAGAGACUCAGUGCUGACCUGGCUUCUCAGAGAGAACCUGGGAGGUAACUCUCGCACCGCCAUGGUGGCAGCCCUCAGCCCUGCUGACAUCAACUAUGACGAGACCCUGAGCACCCUCAGGUAUGCUGACCGCGCCAAACAGAUCCGCUGUAACGCCGUCAUCAACGAGGACCCCAACAACCGUCUGGUGCGUGAGCUGAAGGAGGAGGUGUGCCGACUCAAGGACCUCCUCUACGCCCAGGGCCUAGGAGAUAUCAUAGACACGUAUCGAUGUCCCGAUCCUGUGAUAGCUGGUUUGAAAAACUUGUGCGAUUACAAGAACUUUGUCAAUAAUCGCCAGGCUGUCAAUCAAACGGGUGAUCUAUCCACAGUGACCAAUGCCAUGACUGGGAUGAGUCCUUCCCCCUCUCUCUCCGCCCUGUCCAGCCGUGCGGGCUCCAUGGCAAACCUGCAUGACCGCAUCUUCAGCCCUGCCUCUGAGGAGGCCAUAGAGAGACUCAAGGAAACAGAGAAAAUCAUUGCUGAGCUCAAUGAGACAUGGGAGGAGAAGCUGCGCCGUACUGAAGAUAUCCGGAUGCAGAGGGAGGCCCUACUGGCUGAGAUGGGUGUGGCCAUGAGAGAAGAUGGAGGCACCGUGGGCGUGUUCUCCCCCAAGAAGACCCCUCACCUGGUGAACCUGAAUGAGGACCCACUGAUGUCUGAGUGCUUACUCUACUACAUCAAAGAUGGGACCACCAAGGUUGGACGUGACGACGCCAGAAGUCGCCAGGACAUCGUGCUCAGUGGCCAUUUUAUCCAAGACGAGCACUGCACCUUCAGUAGCACCGCAGGCUCCGGCGGAGAAGAUGAUGAUGACACAGGGAAUGUCAGCCUGGAGCCCUGCGAGGGGGCUGAGAUCUACGUCAACGGGAAACUGGUGACCACGCCUACUCUGCUUCGUUCAGGAAAUCGCAUUAUCAUGGGGAAGAGCCAUGUGUUCCGCUUCAAUGACCCGGAGCAGGCGCGGCAGGAGCGGGAGAGGACCCCCUGCGCCGAGACCCCCGUGGAGCCCGUGGACUGGGCCUUCGCCCAGAGAGAGCUGCUGGAGAAACAGGGCAUCGACAUGAAGCAGGAGAUGGAGUCAAGGCUUCAAGAGUUAGAAGAUCAAUACCGCCGAGAACGAGAGGAGGCCAGUAACCUUCUGGAACAACAGAGACUGGACUAUGAGAGUAAACUGGAAGCCCUGCAGAAACAGGUGGACAGAAACUCCCGUUACCUGGAGUCCCCAGACGAAGAAGAGGAGCCUGAGGAGGAAGUCUUUCCCAUAGUUCCGUGGACAAAGCGUGAGAUGGAGCUUGCAUCCUGGGCGUUCCGUAAGUGGCGUUUCUACCAGUUCACCUCCCUCAGGGACCUGCUGUGGGGCAAUGCCAUCUUCCUCAAGGAAGCCAACGCCAUCAGUGUGGAGCUCAAGAAGAAGGUCCAGUUCCAGUUUGUGCUGCUGACAGACACACUGUACUCCCCGUUGCCCCCGGACUUGCUGCCCCCCAGCGUGGCCAUGGAGCGGGAGAAACGGCCCUUCCCCAGCACCAUCGUAGCUGUGGAGGUCCAGGACCAGAAGAACGGGGCCACACACUACUGGACCCUGGAGAAACUCAGACAGAGGCUGGACCUGAUGAGGGAGAUGUACGACCGUGCGGCGGAGGUGCCUAGCAGCACUGUGGAGGACUGUGACCAGGCUCUGACUGGAGGAGACCCCUUCUAUGACCGCUUCCCAUGGUUCCGUCUGGUGGGCAGGGCCUUUGUGUACCUGAGUAACCUGCUGUACCCCGUGCCGCUCGUGCACCGCGUGGCCAUCGUCAGUGAGAAGGGAGAGGUGAAGGGCUUCCUCAGGGUGGCAGUACAGGCCAUCUCAGCUGAUGAAGAAGCCCCUGACUAUGGUUCUGGCGUAAGGCAGUCAGGAACCGCCAAGAUAUCCUUUGAGGACCAACAGUUUGAGAAGUUCCAGACAGAGUCGUGUUCCGGCGGCAUGUCCCAUUCUAACACCUCUCACGAAGAGCUGCGCUUCGUGGAAGGGGAGGGACAGAACUCUGAUGUAGGAGCUGACCCUGACGAGGUCAACAACAACACCUGUGCAGACUUGUCCCCCGUCACAGCCACACCAGAGGUCCCCAGGAGCCCACUGAAGGGUGGUCUGGGUCUGGAGCUGCCCCUGGAGAAGGCCCUGUCCCACCUCCACAUAGGCUCCACCUUCACCUUCAGGGUCACAGUGCUGCAGGCCUCCAGCAUUUCCGCUGAGUAUGCUGACAUCUUCUGCCAGUUCAAAAACGACUCCAUCCUCUCUUGGUUUAAACAAACAAAAUUCUCAUGCUUCAUCCACCGACAUGAUGAGGCUUUCUCCACUGAGCCACUCAAGAACACUGGCAGAGGACCUCCGCUGGGAUUCUACCAUGUACAGAAUAUCACGGUAGAGGUUACCAAGUCGUUUGUGGAGUACAUCAAGACCCAGCCCAUCGUCUUUGAGGUGUUUGGCCACUACCAGAAACAUCCAUUCCCACCCCUCUGCAAAGACCUCAUCAGUUCACACUUCUAUUUCAGUCCCCUUCGACCUUCUAGGAGGCAGUUCCCAAGGGUCAUGCCCUUGUCUAAACCAGUACCAGCCACCAAGCUGAAUACCCUGACCCGUUCCACGGCCGGCCCGUGCCACUCCAAAUAUGACCUCAUGGCCUUCUUCGAGAUCUGUGAGCUGGAGGCCAAUGGAGACUACAUCCCUUCAGUGGUGGACCACAGAGGGGGCAUGCCCUGCCACGGAACCUUCCUGCUUCAUCAGGGCAUCCAGCGGAGGAUCACAGUCACCAUAGCGCACGAGACAGGAAAUGACGUGGAGUGGAAGGAGGUCAAGGAGCUGGUGGUGGGGCGGAUCCGGAAUACUCCAGAGGCUGAUGAGACCAUCAUCGACCCCAACAUCCUGUCUCUCAACAUUCUAUCUGCGGGCUACAUCUGGCCCUCAUAUAAUGACAACAUGUCCCUGGGAGUUGACCAUAGGACGUUUUACCGAUUUGAGGCGGCGUGGGAUAGCUCCAUGCACAACUCCCUCCUCCUGAACCGUGUCACUCCCUAUGGAGAAAAGAUCUACAUCACUCUCUCCGCUUACCUAGAGAUGGAGAACUGCACCCAACCAACAGUGAUCACCAAAGACUUCUGUAUGGUGUUCUACUCCCGUGACGCCAAGCUCCCCGCCUCACGCUCCAUCAGGAACCUCUUCAGCACCGGCUGUCUCAGGCCCUCAGAGAGUAAUCGUGUCACUGGAGUGUAUGAAGUCAGUCUCUGCCAUGUCGCUGAUGACGGAAGUCCCGGCAUGCAGCGGCGGCGCAGGCGCGUCUUGGACACCUCGGUGGCAUACGUCCGUGGGGAAGAGAACCUGGCUGGGUGGAGGCCCCGUAGCGACAGCCUCAUCCUGGACCACCAAUGGGAGCUGGAGAAACUCAGCCUUCUGCAGGAGGUGGAGAAGACCAGACACUACCUGCUGCUGCGGGAGAAACUGGAGGCCACCCUGGCAGUGGGGCAGGACGCUCUCUGCAAGAGUGGUGACCUUAGCGACUUUGCCAAGAGCCCCAUCCUCAGCCACUGCCCCGGGGGUAGCCCCGCCCUGGAGAGUCCCAGCCAGAGGCAGAGGGAGCUGGCUGCCAAGUGUCUGCGGCUGCUCAUGCACACGUUCAACAGGGAGUACAGCCAGGUGAGCAGCAGUGCCAGUGAGAGCAAGCUGUCUGAGAUGUCAGCGUCGCUGAUGUCUCCAUCCUCUUCUAGUCUGAGCACGCUAACUCCGUCCUCUACUUGCCCCUCAUUGGUGGAGGGAAAUUAUGACAUCAGACACACUGAGCCCAUCUCUGGCGCUUCCAGCCCAGACCUGGACCCCUUCAGUCCUGUGGACAAGAAGAGGACCCUGGGUAGAGGCUGCACCUUCGUCCCUGACAUCCAGGAGAUCCGCGUCAGCCCCAUCGUGUCUAAGAAAGGCUACCUACACUUCCUGGAGCCCCACACCAGUGGCUGGGUGAAGCGCUAUGUAGUGGUGCGCCGGCCCUACGUCUACCUGUACCGCAACGAGAGGGACAGCGUUGAGCGUUCCGUCAUCAACCUUUCCUCCGCCCAGGUGGAAUACAGCGAGGACAAGCAGACUCUGCUCCGGACUCCAAACACAUUUGCAGUGUGCACCGAACAUCGUGGAAUACUCCUCCAGGCCAGUAAUGACAAGGAGAUGCAUGACUGGCUGUAUGCUUUUAACCCCUUGCUCGCCGGAACCAUCAGGUCUAAGCUCUCCAGAAGAAAGUCAGGCCAGAGGAUGUGAGGAACAGGAACACCCGCUGUGUGUGGGGGGGGGGGGACAUCUGAAAUGUCCACGGACCCUCUGCUGUAUAUAGCUUAUCUAAACAGCUCUCUCCUGCGCUGCUCUCCGUCCUAACAGUGCUCCAUCCUAUCGCUGAUACGUCCUCGAACAGCACUUAAAACCAUCCCAGCCGAUCUCCUAUUUGACGCCUCUUCCUGGUUACCUGGAUCAUGCAUGGUAUAAACUACCCAUUAAAGACCAUUAAAACCCAUAUACUGUAAGACUACCUAACAACGCAACCCUGAGUAGUGGGGCUUAGCUCCGCUGGCUGUUAUGCUCCUUAUUGUCAUGUGUAUGUAGACCUUACCUUCCAGGCUUACAGCCCCUAUAGGGUUUAGCCAAACAAAGGAAGAAUAUAACGUUUAUGUCUUAGUCCGAGUUGUUAUCAGUUCCAAUAUCAUGCAACUUACUACUACCACCCUCUAUUUGUAUAUGAUGCCCCAUAUCCAAACCUCUCAUGUAUUUCUUAUAAACACUGUAGUCUAAUAAGAAAAAGAAUAAUGGGAAAAUGGUAUAUUCCCUUUUCUAGUCCUCUCAUAAGAUAUCUCUGUUUCUGUGUGUGUGUGUUUAGUGCAGAGAAGAUAGCAGUACCUAUCAAUGCUCUUUCUCAUGUUAAAACAGCGUAUCCAUAUUACCUCAUGUUGAAAAUCGCUGGGCUGCAGGCGCACACUGUAACUCGUUGUCAUUGCAUCUGUUUUGUAUCCAAGGUUUUGGACGAUAUACAGUGUGAUAGAUGGGAUGCUGUGAAGGUACAUUGGACAGUGUAGGGUGAAAAGUGACAUAAUAGGACAAUGUUUUGUUGCCAAUGUUUUGGACAGAAUACAGUGGGAUAGAAUUGUAAUAGUUGGAUAAUAUGAUGGAUAGAAUAUGAUAGGACAAUAGGAUGACUCUUUGGCUUCCAUGUUUGGAUAAUGGUGAGUUCGCUGUGCUGACAUUUCAUAGUAACACGUUUGCUACAGUAGAGUAUAAAGCAUGUCAUUUCGCUGGCUGCCUGACAGUGGAGAGCAGUUGUGUCCCUGAUUUAUUUUCACCUUAUGUGUUUUUCCAUAUUAUUUGUGUACGUACAUUAUUUGUUCUUUUUUUUUAUUUGUAUGGGAUCACUGACCAGUUUUGUCGCGUCGCACUUUAUUGUUGCAUUAUGUACACUUUAUUUCACUCAGUUGCUUUAAACCAAAGCAUUCCAAUCUCAAUUUUAAAUAGUAAAGAUUUUCUCUGUUGUGUAGACUUGACAAAAUGGCUCCCAGGUUUUAGAGAUAUUAAUGUAAUCUUCAAAACAUCAAAACCUACUAUUCUACUCCUCUAUGUUGACCCUGAAUGUCUGUUUAUAAGUGAAUUAUACCAUGUGGAUACACUGAGAAUGGUUCCAAUCGAGCAAGUUGACGUCUAUUCCGUUCUAUGGUGGUGGGUUUACAGUAAUGUUGAAUAAUUGUAAGGACAAAUUUGAUCCUACUGUAUUGACGGGUUAGUGGGAUAUUUUUGACCUUUUUUUUCUCGACAGUCCAUUUGUGAGUCUGAAAGUACAUCGUUAUGCACCAGGUAGUGCCUACCUUCUCUCUCUCUUUCCAGUUUUUCAUCAAUCCCACACAUUCACAUCGUUGACGUCCACCACGCUCGCUCAGUACUACAUGUAUCAAAGCAAACAUUUAUUUACUGGGCUGCUAUGAACCUUCUAUUGACGCUAUGUGUCCAUGUGAAUCUAUCCGUUUGGAUUAAAUAGCCCUGAUACAGUAUAUAGCCUACGUCAGCUCCUUGUUGUAAAGUAGCGUCUUAACAUCCUUUGCUCUGCUUUUGUAUAGCUUGUUUUACAGCCUGGCGUUUGUAUCCGAAACCUAUACAGUAUGAACCUGUCUCACAUCCAGGGACUUAGGAAGCCGUUUAUUGUUUCUGUGACCAUACUGCUACAUCCAGAUGACAUGCAAAACUGCUCUCUGGAACAAAACGAGUCCUAAGUCAAUCAAGGGGGCGCUGCCGACUGAAGUAAAAGCAAAGUGACUCUUUCAGCGCUACGUUGGUCUAGCAGCCCAUAAAAGAUGGGCAAUUUCAAACUAAAGUUGCCGGUUGCCUCCUAGUCUAGCUGUGCUAUGCUCUUGCGUGGACAUGCUUUAUUGAAAAUCAAGUGUUAGUCUUGUGUUUACGGUAACGUCGUGUGUUAGCGCAGCAGACCAGGGCCGUGGCCAGACAGCCAAUUGGAUCAUGUCUUACUGUUGUUCCUUGUUCUUACUGCGAGGGUCGUGGUUCGGGUCAAACACAAUUCUCCCGUUGUAGCAGAUCGUGCAUGCUUUAGGCCAGCCAACCUACAGAGCAUGCUGAGGUAGACACGGCAAGGUAAAACAUGCAAGACAUGGCAUGCUCACACGCUGUCCCAUAACUACGCGUUUAUAGCCUCCAAUUCUAAACAUAUCCUCCCAAUAAGGAAUAUAAUUGCUGUUAUACUAGCGGUUCUUUCUGUUUUCUGAUUCUAGAACGCUGACACCAAAAACACGACCUAUCGCUAGGUAAAUACCAUUAACUACGGAAUCUGGGAUUCAUAUGGUGGGUCAAGUUGGGGUCAUCUUGGUGUAUGCAUUUUAAGCUUUGUUGUACACUGGUAUGCCACUUUAUUUUGUCUGCUCGAACAAUGGAAGAAAAUAAAGCUUUAUUUAUGAAUUAUUGUUGCUAUUUGGAGGUGGAGUAUGUCAGCGGGGAAUGUUUGAGCUAUUGAAUUGUCAUCCAAGUCUAAUGUAUUGUAUUUAUCACACCUCAUAAUUUGAAUGAAUAAUGUGUGAGUAAGAUUGGUUGGGGGGUAGGAUAUCCUUCAACAGAAGGAGAUGUUGUUUUUUCAACUGUACCAUUGUCGCUUUAGCGUGUAGCACCUUAAAUGCAUCUUACUGCAUCUACUGUAAAGGGGACUCUUAACUCUACUUGUUAAUGCUAGGAUAGCUGACUUUCUGUCCUCAAAGAAGAAAUCACUGCAAGUUAAAACAACGCAUUUGAAGUUCAGUGAUCUGGCUAUAGACGAAUAUGGAUUGGCUCUUUCACUGAUUUGACUGCUUUUUUAACAUGGCAUUUCCUGGAUCCAAGCAUGUAGAUGUGUCUCUUCCUCACCCUGGUCUCUCUGUCUCUUUCCCUUACUGCUUGCUAUUGAUGUCCUAUCCCCCUCAGUGCAGCCCUGUAGAGAAACGCCCACCUCCAUGACUUGGUAUUGACUCUUCUUGACAUUUGAUUGGCACCUUUCUUGUAAAUAAUUAACCUGAUAGGAUCCACCACAGCCAAUCGCACAGAUGUAACCCCCCUGUUCCUUUAUACAAUAACUGGCCUGUGACAUCAUCUCAGUGCUCACGUUAUCUUUGAGUGUUGGAGUUCUAGUGUCUUCUAAUGUUUGUGGACACGUAACCAGUUGUCGAAAUAAAUGUGACAUUUAUGCAACA